GAUACGAAGGCGCUGGAAGAUAUUUGGAUCGCGGAAAUGGUCGUUCAGAAGAAGUGGGAGGCGUUUGAUGACGUCGACGUCAGGCCUGGAUCGCUGCGCUGCACUUACAAGCUGGAGCCGAUGGAUGUCAACUUUGGAUAUCUCAAGUUUUCGAGCGAAAGAGUGUAUUUAUUGAAGACGUUGGUUCGAGACAACGUCCGGUUCUCGUACCUGUCGCUUAGGUCUUGUUUGGUCGACGAACUAGACGAAGAUGCGUUUGUUGCCACUCCGAAGUUUGGGGAGCUGAUGAGGUGCAUCUUUAACUGUGAAGGACGCCCUUGCGAACAUGGCAACACGAGUUACCAAUCGGAUACGAUACUGCGUGAGAUGUCGCCGCUACAAAUCGGCUCGAUUGACCUCAAUUGUGUAUAUAGCCGCAUGUACGCAGGCAAUGAUAACGAUUUUGAGGCUAUGUGCUCAGCUGUGGUGACCAACCAGGCAACCAAGAACCUUUCGAUACACAUAUAUUUGGACGGAGACGUCAGUGGCAUCAGUGGUGGUGUGCACAUGUGGAAGUGGCUUGCUUACGCUUUCUUCUCGAAGCGAGCUCGACAAUCCUCAGCGAUCGAGUCGCUGGCAUUAGCUGGAGUUGAUAGUAUUAGUGUCGCAAACAUGGAAGCAUUUGUGUCCACCCUAUCAUCAAACCACCCGGAAGAAGACCUCUGUGGCUGUCCACGUGGCCGAGUUCCAGAACGAGAUGCAACGCUCAAGGAGAGAAGUCCUAUUUACUGGUGUCUUACGAGCAGUGGUGAGCCGGAUGACGACUUCGACCCGCUCGUGUUCAACGCUCCAAUACACUCAGUUCGGACCUUCACCGAUGACGGGGAAAGUAACUUGGUAAACGCGAUGGUUCCGGGUUUUGGCAGAUGCCUGGUCAAGCGCAGUGAUGUCGUGUUCGAAAGAACCGAGGCAGCACUAGCAGCUAAUCAAGGCGGCAUAUCGUCACUGUUCCUUGUAAGUCGCGAAGGAGAGGGCUUCAGUUCCGGUGGUUUGCAACUUCUCUUAGGUUCGGUGGGGAUGUCGCUGAAGAAGUUGACGCUGAAGGGACCAGAACUCGAGAUUGAUACGAACAUGGUUUUACGCAGCUGCCCCAACCUGGAAGAGCUGGCGCACUACAGAAGUCGAGUCGAGAUCCGACUCAACGUUUGUAGCUACCAAGCGAGCUCGGGGCCUAUUCCGGUGGUGGACGGUGACUGGGAUGACAUUGGUGGGUUAGUGAGGCGGUUAAGCGACACCAGUUCACCGCUUGCCAAAUGCGCUCGACGGCUGCGGCUCUGUCUGUGGGACCAGAACGACAGAGAGGACGAUGAUGAUCAAAUAGCCUCGGGUGACGUUGAUAAAAUCGCAAAUAUGCUGGAGGUGAACCACACUCUCGAGUACCUUGACGUGGUUGUGCCAGCAUGUUCUCCUGCUGAAUUCAACAAGUUGCGUAAGUUUCAUCGGACACCGGGUAGUCGAGCUCUUAAACUCCCAGCAGCAUGCAAGGCUGCGUUUCUGAGUGUGUUUCCGGGCUACAUACUGAACUUUACAACCAAAAGAGGGCGUACGGACGCUGCAUCCUGCAGAUUGGAUGAAUAUGUGCAGACCAACAUUAUUGCGUUUGCUGCUGCCCCCGGUCUCCGUCAAGUAUACGUUCGCAGUCCGAGAGCUUAUAAGGAAGCCGACGAUGACACUGCAGUCCUCAUUUAA